AGUUGUUGUACACCGAGCGAAAGAGGGAGAGUAGAGGUUCGAGUGCGGAGCAGCUGAGUGAGCAAACACAGACAGAAACAUUAGGUUAUCUUCUGAGAGUACCAUACAUCGACCUGUCACUUUUACAGCUUAGAGUUUGAAGAGGACCGCACUACCUCCACCUCCUCCACCACCACCAGCACUACUACCGCCACUACCGCACCUCCAGCACCGGCACGGGCAGCAGCAGCAGCGGCGGCAGCGGCAGUAGCGGCGCCCCGGUCGGGUCUAGUCUGGUCUGGUGUGCUGGAGCGGCAGCCUCCGGUGAAAAACUCCCAAACGCGGUCGCCUCAGCUGGCAUGAGCUAACCUACCACACAGACAUGGAAACCAAACCAUUCCUGUCAUUGGGGUUCCUGAAGCCCCAGUGCUCAUUGGCUCCUCCCAUGCAACGAGGCCGCUCAGGCGAGGCUUGUUCCUGUUUCAGUGGCAUGUGCCCCCUUCAUCAGCGUCGCUUGUCCUCAGACUCUUCAGGCCAGGUGUCCUCACCCUUGGGUUCACCCACGUCCCACCGAGGAAUGCACCCGUCCCUGCUCAGCCCGACCUCCAUGGGGCCCACGGGCUCCCUUCACUCUCCCAUCAGCACGCUGAGCUCGCCCAUGAACGGCUUGGCGUCGCCCUUCUCCGUCAUCAGCUCGCCCAUGGGCCCCCACUCCAUGACCUCGCCCGGCAUGGGUUACGGACCCAGCGUUAGCCCCCAGAUGUUCCAGCUGAACUCUCCAAUGAAUUCGGUCAGUAGCACGGAGGACAUAAAGCCCCCGCUGGGCCUCAACGGUGUGAUGAAAGUGCCCGCCCAGCCGUCUGGCACCGCCCUGUCGCUCACUAAACACAUAUGCGCCAUCUGUGGUGACCGCUCCUCAGGUAAACACUAUGGGGUAUACAGCUGCGAGGGCUGCAAAGGCUUCUUCAAAAGGACAGUACGUAAGGACCUGACCUACACCUGUCGCGACAACAAGGACUGUGUCAUCGAUAAACGCCAGAGGAACCGCUGCCAGUACUGCCGCUACCAGAAGUGUUUAGCCAUGGGCAUGAAGAGAGAAGUGUUAUUACAUGCAGCCGUUCAGGAGGAGCGCCAGCGAGCCAAGGAGAAAAGUGAGAACGAGGUGGAGUCCACCAGCUGCGCCAACGAGGACAUGCCCGUGGAGAAGAUCCUGGAAGCAGAGCAGGCGGUGGAGCCCAAAACCGAGACCUACAUUGAGACCAACCUUGGUGUGCCAUCCAACUCGCCCAACGACCCGGUGACAAAUAUCUGUCAGGCAGCCGACAAGCAGCUCUUCACCCUGGUGGAGUGGGCCAAAAGGAUCCCCCACUUUUCAGAGCUGCCACUGGACGACCAGGUCAUCCUUCUACGAGCAGGUUGGAAUGAACUCCUCAUUGCAUCAUUUUCGCACCGUUCGAUAGCGGUUAAAGACGGGAUUUUGCUGGCGACCGGGCUGCACGUCCACCGUAACAGCGCCCAUAGUGCCGGGGUGGGAGCCAUCUUUGACAGGGUCCUCACAGAACUGGUAUCGAAGAUGAGGGACAUGCAGAUGGAUAAGACAGAACUGGGGUGCCUUCGAGCUAUCGUUCUCUUCAAUCCAGACUCUAAAGGUUUGUCCAACCCAGGUGAGGUAGAAGCUCUGAGAGAGAAAGUCUAUGCGUCUUUAGAGGCUUACUGCAAACAGAAGUACCCCGAGCAGCCCGGCAGGUUUGCUAAGCUGUUGCUGCGGUUACCGGCGCUUCGCUCCAUCGGCCUCAAGUGUCUGGAGCACUUGUUUUUCUUCAAGCUCAUCGGUGACACGCCCAUCGACACCUUCCUCAUGGAGAUGCUAGAAGCCCCUCAUCAAAUGACAUAAUAGUGGACAGAGCUGAGCCCCUUCUUCCUUCAUCCCACCCUCCUCUUCCUCCUCCUCCUCCUCCUCCUCAUAUCAGCCGUCCUGCCAGCUCUGGACUGGGGAGCAGGAUCCUUUAUCAAACAGAUCCAUCUCCGUAACGGACAAAUCACACGAUGACUUUGAAUGGAGAUCCGCCCCCUUCGACGUGUCUCUGAACACUGACUUCAUCAUGUCUAUGGGUCUGUUUUAUACCUUGUAAAAAUAUAUAAAUAAGAAAUAUAUAUAUAUAUAUGAAAAUCACACGGCAACACGAGUGACGACAGUGGACCGGGAAUGAGGAUGAAAAACAUUGAGCCAUUGUUUUCAUCUGAACUUUUCUCACAUCUGACAAGAAAAGGUUGUUCAGGUUUUUAACACCCACAGUUUAUGCUUGCAGGUAUAUUCAGAAAAGAAAAACAAAACAAAACAAAAAAAACUAGCGAUGUCACAUUUGGACACUAGCGUUGUGAUAAUCGGGACAAUCGUGGACUCAAAGAGCCUCAGGCAGUCUAGACUUGGACCUGAGCCCUCUCUGUCUUUCAGGACUAAACAUACUUUGAGGAGGGACUUUGGGGAAAAUUGUCGGUGGGGGGCGGGGGGAAAAGGGGGAGGGUCUGCUUUAAGGAACUCGACUGUUCCUGCCUGACUCGACUGAACACGUCAGGUCUUGCACUAGCUGAUUUGAAGCUUUUUGUCUGAACAGAGGUGGGUUAAACCAGGCUGCAAGUGUGCAAAAAAACCUAAAACAAAAAAAAACAAAAAAAAAAAAAAAACACAAAAAACUCAGGUCUCUACCCAAUUCCAACAAAUACAACCAUGUCUUACUCUAUUAGCACUGUGCGACAUCGGGGGAGGACGCCGUGAUAGUCCACCAAUCAGAAAAGAGUUCAGUUAACCAUGGAUGAAAAAGUUGGGAGAGCGUGUUCUGUACAAUCUACGCAGGUUUUUCUGCUCGUUUCAGACUGUUGGAAAUUGGACUUAGCUUUACGUCACAUGAACAUCACUCACGUUCUUGGAUGUUCGGGGAGGGGUGAAACUACCAGCAAGCGUAGGAACAACUUUCACCGUCCUGUUUCAACAUUUGGCCUUUGUUACGACCUCCAGAGUUGAUCUUGGCUGGACUGGGAAAGUGCACGGUCACAUCCACCAGGGAGAAAUCACACUCACACUCAGCCAUGGUAGAAUGUGGGGUUUGUUUAAGGGGUUUUUUUUUUGGUUUUUUUAAGCUACUUUCCUUCCUGUUUUGUCAUUUCACGUGACUUUUCAGCACACCAUUUACACCUCCACACUCAAAAAAAAAAAAAAAAAAAAAAAA